UCAAGUUUUUCUUCCCCUUUCAUUCUUGCAUUGUCCAACCCUGACCAUUCCUGCACUCCCUGCCGUUCCAACGUUAUUUUCCAUUUCUUUUCGCUUCCUUCUCUAGGAAAAAUAAAAAAUGUUGAAAAUGAAGUUUCUUGAUUGGUACUUGAAGAUUGGGUUUGUAUCUGCUUUGAUCGGGGCUUCAAUGGAGGUGUUCAUGAUCAAAACUGGCUUCUAUGACAAAGUAACUGUUUUGGAGUCAGAAAAGCGUGCUUGGGAGAACUCCCCGGAUGCUCAGGCUAUUAGAGAAGCUCUCAACCCCUGGAGACAUAUUGAUGCCGAAGAAACAAAAAAGUCCUGACUCAAAUAAAUGCUUUGAAUUGGGUAUCACAUUAUACUCCAUGUGAUUAGGAUGAUAUGUGGAUUGCAUAACAAAGAACCGCUACAAGACGAACAUAAGCGAUGUCAUUGUAAAGAAGCAAAACAAUGACUUUCUAAAACCAACCUUGAAUGAAGAAGGCCCAUUUCUCUCAGCCAUUAUUCACCACUAUUUCAGCACUUCACACCGCCAUGCCCUCCUCUAUUUAACACAAUCAUAAGCAUUGUUAAUUGCACAAACACCACAAAGGGAAAGAAGGAUGACCAUACACAUCAAUUCAAUAUGAACCUCUACAAGUGAAUAGUUUUAAAGAUUACAUUAAUAGCACAAUUCACCAUUCAUUGAAAUUAUCAACCAUAAACAUGAUGAAUGCUUACUAUACUCAGAUAAACAUUGUGCCAUAUUUGCAACCCAAUUGAAAAUGAGAAAUAAGGAGAUCCACCAAGCUUAACAUUUGU